CAAUGGUUCAUGGAGGAGUCGAAGUGAUGACUGCCAAGAGCAAAGAAGACGGAACGGAGAGAUUAAAUAAUGUGAAUCAUCAUGAAGUGACAUUUGAAGGUAUUCUCGAGAAAAUUGGGAGCCGCGGCAAGUUCCAAAUUCGGCUGAAUCUUAUUUAUGUUGGCCUUUCUGUUCUUGUAUGUUCUGUUCCGAGUCAGAUGUUUGUAAUUUCAAUGAUGGUGCCUGACCAUUGGUGCCAUGUUCCUGGGAGAGCAUCAGCUAAUGUCAGUAUCGAGGAAUGGAAGAACAUAACAAUUCCCAGGGAGAAUGGCACCUACAGCAAAUGCCUCAUGUUUGCAAGUCUGAACCAUACUAAUGAAACAAUACCGUGCCAAUACGGUUGGGACUACGAUGAGACAUGGUUUUCGUUGACUCUGCCAUCUCAAGAAAACUGGGUUUGUGGGAAGAAAAUGGUAGUUAGUCACACUAUGGCAACUGUUCAAGGUCUUUCCGUCAUCGUGGGCCUUGCCCUCUGUUACGUAGGAGACAGGUUUGGCCGGCGCAUUCAGUAUUUUGUAUCUCUUAUCUUGAUAGCGUCCUGCCGCAGUCUUAGCGUACCAGCGACAGCAAUAUAUUCCUUAUUUAUUGUGCUGUCCGUGAUUGGGACUGCCGCAGACAGCUCGACAACAGAAGCAACCGUCUCUAUUGGACUGGAACUGUCGGACGUCAUGUUCCGCUCAACAGUGAACUUCAUGUUCUCCUUAAUGCACAGUGUGGGUUCAAUACUGAGCCCUCUCACCGCAUGGGCAGCUGGCGACUGGAGAACGUUUAUGCUGGUGUCAUCACUGCCGUGUUUUCUUCUGGUCUCCUGUCAGAGCUUUCUGCCGGAGUCUCCACGCUGGCUGCUAAAUAAAGGACACACGAGGAAGGCGUUCCGCGUCGUCAGCAGGAUCGCCGAAACCAACGAGAAGCCCAUUCCUGACGACACGCUCGCUAUGCUCAACACAAUCACGAAGCGGCGGUCGCCCAAGAUGGGAGUGCUGAGCCUCGUCACCAACAGGAGCCUGUUCAGGAACACUCUUAUACUGAUCUUCGGCAGGUGUGUAUGCAUCCUGACCACGAGCUGCAUUCGGUUUAACGUCGGGAACCUGGGCGGUAAUCCGUUCCUGGCCUUCAUAGCUCAAGGUGUCGUCGACGCCCCGGCGCAUUUGGCAGCGCAUUUCCUGGGCAACAAGUUUGGUCGGAGGUUCACAGAGGCGUUUUCGCUGUUGACAGCUACCUUCGUUUCUAUUGUUAUUAUUUUUGCAAUAACAGUCUCCGGACACACGUGGGUUGUUGCUUGUGGAGUGACGCUCCUCAAGUUCUUCUGCGUAAUGUCUCUCUUUACCAACGUUCUUCAGAGUAUGGAGAUCCAUCCAACGUGUAUUAGGCAGAUUGGUUCAGCUGUGGAGUGGGCAUUUGUUGCAGCUGUAAUAGGAAUUGCUCCAUACAUUGUACAUUUGGGGACAGCAGUGGACUCCAGGUGUCUCUACGGCGUACUGGGAGCGCUCCUCGCAUCGGCGGCCGUUAUCACCUCGUUUCUGCCCGAAUCGCUCAACGAGAAGCUGCCAGAGACACUGGAGGACGCAACCAACUACGGAUCAUCUCAGAAGUACUGGAGUUUACCGUCGUCUACGAAGAGCUGAAACCUUCUAAUCGGGUUUCUUAUGUCGUGCCGAUAUCAACACCGUAUCAUUCCAUUUACCAACUUGUAUUCAACUCCAUUAAAUUAUUUUCAUUUUUAA